AUGACCUAUCGCACCACUCUGGACCUGCUUUUCAAAUCUCAGGAAUUUUAUCCUAACUACAAAUGUGAUAACCAGAAGAAUCUCAUGGGCAUCAUUGGAGGAUUAGAUGUCCCUACUUCAUCCUACAUGGCACAAAGUAUAAAUCUCUUCAAGAUUCCACAGGGAGAUUUACCUUCAAUGUUUAGUGGAAACUGUAGUGGGGAAGAGAAUGUGGAGAGUCUGCCUGCACCUCUGUUUGAGUUGCAGAUGACUAGCCAAAGCUACAGUAUCUACAAUGCUGUUUAUGCAGUGGCAUAUUCUUUGCAUGAGGCAGUGAGACCAAAAUCCCAACCAAGAGAAAUUCAAAGGAUUGAAUUUCCAAAUCUGCAGCCUUGGCAGGUAGUUACUCUGAGAUGCCCUGCAAGUGAAGCUUUUCCUGUUCCACAUGAGUGGUACCAGCCUGGUGAUCUUGUCAUUGGUGGGAUGGUGUCUCACAUUUUUUACCACUUUGAUGAAAUUGAAUUUAAGGAACACCCUUCUCUAAAACCUUAUGACUUACCUCUUGUAAUAACCAAAUUCUACCAGCAUGUCCUUGCCGUGGCCUUUGCUGUGAAGGAGAUCAAUGAGGACUCCCAGAUCUUACCUAACAUCACUCUUGGGUUCCAUAUCUAUGAUAGUUACUACAACCCAAGGUUGACCUAUCGUACCACUCUGGACCUACUUUUCAAAUCCCAGGAAUUUGUUCCUAACUACAAAUGUGAUACCCGGAAGAAUAUCAUGGCUAUCAUUGGAGGACUAGGUGCUCCUACUUCAUCCUUUAUGUCAGAAAGCAUAAACCUCUUCAAGAUUCCACAGGUUUUGCCUGUUUCUCUGUGUAAUGAUCCUUGUUCCCCUGGUUACUGGAAGAAAAGGGCUGAAGGGAGAGUGUUCUGUUGUUAUGAUUGUGUUCCAUGUUCAGAGGGGAAGAUUUCAAAUCAAACUGAUAUGGAUGACUGUUUUGAAUGUUCACAAGAUCAUUAUCCAAAUAAAGAAAAGAAAGGAUGUAUCCUGAAAUUGGUAGUCUUUCUAACUUUUGAAGAAACCUUGGGACAUUGUUUAGCCUCAGUUGCUUUUUGUUUCUUCUUCUUGACCUCUUGGGCACUUGGAACUUUUAUUAAGUACAGAGAGACUCCUAUUGUCAAAGUCAACAACCGGUUUCUCACCUACAUCCUACUUGUCUCUCUUCUGCUCUGUUUUCUCUCCUCUUUGUUCUUUCUCAGCCAGCCUGGCAAAGUGACCUGCCUUCUCCGACAAUCAAUGUUUGGCAUCACUUUCUCAGUGGCCAUUUCUAGUGUUCUGGCCAAAACCAUCACUGUAGUUGUUGCUUUCAUGGCCACUAAACCGGGAUCUCAGAUGAUGAGAUGGGUGGGGAAAAGAUUAGCUUUUUGCACUGUCCUUUCCUGUUCUCUUUUCCAAGUGUGUAUUUGUAUCCUUUGGUUGUUGAUAUCUCCCCCAUACCCUGAGUUGGACAUGCAUUCAGAGCUUCAACAAAUGAUUUUACAGUGCAAUGAGGGAUCAGCUUUCUUUUUCUUCUGUGUCUUGGGCUACAUGGGUAUCUUGGCCAUUGCCAGCUUUAUUGUGGCUUUUCUUGCCCGUAAAUUACCUGACAGCUUUAACGAAGCCAAGUUCAUCACCUUCAGCAUGUUGGCCUUUUGCAGUGUGUGGGUCUCCUUCUUUCCAGCCUAUCUGAGCACAAAAGGCAAAGCCAUGGUAGCUGUGGAGGUCUUCUCCAUCUUGUCCUCCAGUGCUGCAUUACUGGGAUGCAUAUUCUUGCCAAAGUGCUACAUCAUUGUUUUGCGGCCUGAGCUAAACCACAGGAAGCAACUCAUAAAGAGGAAUUAG